GCUAAAUUAUCCCAUCCAUACAGACGACGAGAUCCUUCUCCCGGUGUAUUUACUGCCGAAGUCUUCGGUAUAACUGAGCCGAGUAAUAACGCUUGCAUUUAAACCCUCUGAAAUCUCUUUUAGAUGGACAUUAGCUAUCAAAAGCACAAUCAUCAUGGUGUUCUUCUCGCUGAAGUCGUUGGCUUUGGUUGCUGGGCUAAUCAGCCAUACUUUAGCCGAAUUGGCUACUGCUGAGAACUCAACCCACAUCUCCCUCUCCAACAAGCGCUUCGCAGUUGUCCUCGCUAAAUCCAGCGGACACAUCAUCGAUGCCACUCUCGAUGGCCAAGACUUACUUGGGCCGCUCAGUGGAAACACUGGUAAAGGUCCCUAUGUUGACUGCUCUUGUAUCCCAACCGGUUUCUGGACACCAGGCAGUACCGCAGAUUUUCGACUAAUUAAAGGCACCGAUUCCACUGGGACAAAAUAUGGAGGAAUCGUGAUGAGCGAUACCUACAAGCCGACCAACCAGACUCUGUCGCAGUACUUCUUCCUCAGGGGUGAAGAAACAGGUCUGCAUGCCUUUACUCGUCUGACGUACUUCAACGCGUCGAAGCCAUUCUUACGCGAUCUCGGUGAAUUGCGCACGCUUUUCAGGCCGAAUACCAAGCUAUGGACUCAUUUCUCCACUAGCGAGGGAAACUAUGGUCCUCUGCCAGACGCUUCCGGUGCUCUGACAGUCCAGGAUGCAACGUGGUACGUCGGCAACAAACCCGAUGACCCGUACGUGGAGCAAUACUCGGAUUACUGGACCAAGUACAGUCUUUCCGAGAGUUGGCGUAACCAUGACGUUCAUGGUCAGUUCAGCGAUGGUUCUACCAGUGCUGACGGAAGUACAUUCGGCGCAUGGCUGGUCCACAAUACGCGAGAGACAUACUACGGCGGCCCAUUGCACUCUGAUCUCGUUGUUGACGGUAUCGUGUAUAACUACAUGGUUUCCGGUCAUCACGGUGCACCAAUGCCAAACAUCACAGAUGGUUUUGAUCGAACCUGGGGUCCACAGUUCUACUACUUCAACAAAGGCGAUAAAGACGCAACACUUGCAGAAUUGAGAGUCGAUGCUGCUAAGUACGCGGAUCCGGAAUGGAAUGCGAAGUUUUAUGACAGUAUUGCCGCGCAUGUUCCGAAUUUUACCCCAUCGGCGAAACGAACGACAUACAGUGGUAAAGUCAAGCUUCCCAAGGGCGCCAAGAAGCCAAUCAUUGUUCUUUCUGAGAACAAGCAAGACUUUCAGCUCAAUGUAUUCAACACAAAGUCCCUUCAGUACUGGGCCGAGAUUGAUGAUUCCGGAACUUUCAGGAUUCCCCAGGUCGUCGACGGAGUGUAUAGAGUAACCAUCUAUGCCGAUGAAGUCUUUGGAUGGUUCAUCAAAGACGACAUUCGCAUUUCCAAAUCUCACAACAAGGGCAGUUUCACAUGGAAAGAAGAGAACGCUGGAAAGGAAGUCUGGCGUAUUGGUACACCAGACAAAUCAUCAGGCGAGUACCGUCACGGAUACGCACCCGAUACUUCCAAGCCUCUUCAACCAGAGCAGUACCGCAUUUACUGGGGCAAAUACGACUUUGUUGAAGAUUUCCCAAAGGGUGUCAGCUUUCACGUCGGAAAGGAUAAAGAAGCUGAGGAUCUGAACUACGUUCACUGGUCAUUCAUUGCUGCAAAAGGAAACCAUCUUCGAUCAGAGAAUUACUACGAUAAUGUCAAUAACUGGACCAUCACCUUUGACCUCACUAAGCCUCAACUCAAAGGUGUCAAAACAGCUACCUUCACAGUGCAACUCGCCGGUGUACGAAGUGGAAAUGGCAACGCAAAAUGGACACCCGCCAAAGAUCGUUUCAACAGCAAUCUCCCCUGGACCGUCAACGUCAACGGAGGUUAUGAAGACACAUGGGUGAUUCCGUACUGGCGGAGUGGCUCAUGUGCUGUUCGCAGCGCGGUAGCUUGUCAGAACAUCGAGCACAAGUUUGAGUUUCCAGCUUCGAAGCUGAAAUUGGGAAGGAAUGAGUUUUUGUUGAGUUUGCCGUUUAAUGCUUCUAGUGUCGAGACGGCGCUGUUGCCUGAUACGCUUUAUGUGCAGUAUGAUGCGUUGAGGUUGGAGGUGAACUAGUUCGAAACAUCCUGCUGCGACUUGCUUCAACAAUUCGCCUGAGGGCUGGCAAAAUGUCUAAUAAGUGCACUAGCAACAUGGAGGAAGACAUAGCAGAUCUCAAAUCAUAUUAAC